AUGUGGCUGCCAGUGCUGCUACCGAUCGCCGCUCUGCUCGGUGUCCCAGUGGUAUCGUCAAGUACGCCGACGCCGACGAAGCCGAGCCCACGAGGAUGCCAAAUGAUCGUGCGCAAGACCGGCGCUUCGGAAUUGAACUGCGUGCAGGCUGGUAUCGCCGAUCUGGCCCAGCUGCCUCGCUUUCCUCAAAUUACCAAAAUAGAUUUGACUAGCAAUAACCUGACCUUCAUUCCACCUAAGGCUUUUGUGGAUUAUCCGAACCUUCAUACUCUAUUAUUGAAACAAAAUCGUUUGCGUCAAAUCGAUGCUAAGGCUUUUGAGAAUCUUACGGGACUCUUAGUUUUAGAACUAAAUGAUAAUGAAUUAGAAAAUUUUUUAUUUCCUUCGGAACAACAAAUAGAGGAAUUAUCUUUAUCAAACAACAGAAUCUAUAAACUUGAGGCUUCAAGUUUCCGAGAUGCAAAACAUCUGUUGUCGUUAGAUCUUCGAGCAAAUCCAAUUAAAAAAAUAGAUGAGCAAGCUUUUCAGCAUCUACAUCGAUUGAAAAAAUUAACUUUGUCAAACACAAAAGUAUUAGAUAAAUUUCCCGACAUUAAAUCUUGCCGCUCACUUGAGAUAUUGCAAAUUGAUCGAGCUUCCCUUACUCAUGUGCCCGAUGAUCUCUGCCUGAAUUCGCCUAAAUUAAGGAGUUUAGAUCUCAAGUCUAAUUUACUGAUUACAAUGCCAAAUCUAAAAAAUUGUCAUGAACUGAGGGUCUUAGAUUUAGCAUACAAUAGUAUAUUAACACUGGAUGGCCGUCCAUUCGAAAACUUGAACAUGCUUUACGACCUUCUUAUACCAAAUAACAACAUAAAAAUCAUUUCAAAUGAAGCAUUCACUGGACUAACGCAACUACAAGUUCUAAAUCUACAAAACAAUCAAAUCGAGUUCAUUCAUCCGGAGGCUUUCAUCCACACUACGAAACUCGAAGAUUUAAACUUGGGUAACAACGUAUUUCCUUCCCUACCGGUCAAAGGUCUCUCGCACUUGCUUCACCUCAAGACCUUCAAUAAUCCAGUUCUAAGGGAAUUCCCAGCGCCCAGUGAAUUUCCAAGAAUCAGAACAAUGAUAUUGUCUUACGCUUAUCAUUGCUGUUACUUUGCCAAUCUGCCAGCGAGCUCAAAAUCUAGUGACUCUUCCGCCGAGGCCACCGAAAGGUCGCAAUUGUUGCAUGAGUCAGUGCUUUUUCCCUCGGACGACGAGUUUGAUCUGAGCUUAUGGAAUUCGAAUCUCACAGAUAUUUGGCCCCAAUUGAAUAACUUGAGCGAUAAAUUCGGCUCGAAAAUCAACGAGCUUUGGGACAACUUCGGUUCGGAUUUCACGUAUCCAGGUCACUUACCUGCCUAUCUCGAGGAGUACUUUGAAGACGAAAACAGCCAGACGACAAAAUCCGCUCAGUUAGACCCGCAGAACGUAAAAUGUCUGCCGCUUCCAGGUCCCUUCUCACCGUGCCGAGAUCUAUUCGAUUGGUGGACACUUCGUUGCGGCGUGUGGAUCGUCUUCUUGCUAGCCCUUCUGGGCAACGGUCUGGUCGUCUUGGUCCUCGUAUUUUCGCGCAGCAAAUUGGACGUACCGAGAUUUCUCGUCUGCAACCUCGCUGCAGCGGAUUUCUUCAUGGGCCUCUACUUAGCUUUCUUGGCCGUGGUGGACGUUGCAACGCUGGGCAGCUUCCGCAAACACGGCAUCCGAUGGCAGAUGUCUCGCAGCUGCCAGCUGGCUGGAUUCCUGGGGGUGCUCAGCUCGGAGCUCAGCGUGUACACCUUGGCCGUGAUCACUCUCGAGCGCAACUACGCCAUCACCCACGCGAUGCGUCUGAACAAGCGACUGACUCUGCGACGCGCCACUUGGAUCAUGAGCAUCGGCUGGCUCUUCGCCAUAUCGAUGGCUUCGAUGCCCCUCCUCGGCAUCUCGGAUUAUCGCAAGUUCGCCAUUUGCCUGCCCUUCGAGACGGAGGACCCGCUUUCUCUGGCCUACGUUGUCUUUCUCAUGCUCGUGAACGGGCUCGCCUUCUUCAUUCUCAUCGGCUGCUACCUGAGAAUGUACUACGCCAUCAGAGGCUCCCAAGCUUGGAACUCCAACGACACGAGGAUAGCCAAGCGAAUGGCCCUUCUCGUCUUUACCGACUUUCUCUGCUGGUCGCCGAUCGCUUUUUUCUCCCUCACGGCGGUCUUCGGAUUGCGCCUGGUCAGUCUGGAGGAGGCCAAAAUUUUCGCCGUCUUCGUGCUGCCCCUGAACUCUUGUUGCAAUCCCUUCCUCUACGCAAUUCUCACGAAGCAAUUCAAAAAGGACUGCGUACAGAUUUUCAAGUCGAUCGAGGAGUCGCGAAUCAACAAAACGAUCGGCAAGUGCCGCCACAACAGCUCCAACUUUAGCAACAAGCUCACUCCGGCCAAUACAAACAGUCAUUUGGCUGGAGGCUCAGGUUCCAGAGCUUUUCAACCACAGCAAAGUACCGUUUAUCAUCGAGUCAGCUGUCGUUGCGCUGUUCCAACUGCCGCGUUGACCAAGGACAAUCCACUGACUCACGUAGACGAUUCCGUUGACGCCGAAGAAAGGCGCUUGGCCUGUUGGUUGCGAGGAAAGCUCAACUGGUCGUGUUUCGGAAAUCGGAGCUCGCGUCGUCAAAGACAUGUCGAUGAUAAUUCGCCCGCAAACGAAAUGACAUUUGGUGCCUCGGCAAACGCGAGAAUCGACCGUAAAAUAGCCUCUUCCCUGUCGUUCAGCGAAAAUUACUCUUCGUCUCGAUCAGAUUCAUUGAAAAAUCAACAAUGUAGCUCGUCCGUUCAAAUGAGAAUUCUCGAUGGCCAGCGUCGGAGCUCGUCGUGGCUAAGCAGCCGCAAGGCCUCGUCGGAUUCGAAUCUGAGCUCUUCUCGCAACGAUUCGUCGGGAUCGGGCACAACGGCGAGCACGAGCACGUGGCACACUCGAUCGAGCGCCGCUUCUCACGAGUCCGCUUGCCGAUCCAAGACUCCUAGACUGCAACGCCAGCACGCCGUUCAAGAGCCCGACUCUCCUGCUUCUCCUGCGAGGGCGGCUCUAAUGGUGCGCCCCCUGGCUACCAUACCCUCGGCCGCCGAGGUCAGCGAGCUGUGCGACGAAGAGACCAAUGUUGUCCCACCCGACGUGGUUGAUGUUGGCUCGGAUCGGCUCGGAGACGAAGCUGACGCCAGCCUCAAGAAUAAGUCCCUCGGCGGU